CGCUCCCUCCCAGCGCGCAGCGGCAGCGCUGGUGCCGUUCCUGCCCGGCUUUGUGCCCUGGAGCCCCGUCCCUCCUCUUCCUUCUCCUCCUCCCCCCUCCUGCCGUAAAACCUUCACGAGGCUCCGAGCAGCAGCAUCCGAAAGCGCCGCAGCCGCUCGCUGAAACCACCGACUGCAGCAAAAACCCUUUUUAUUUUUUGUUACAUAUUUCCUCCCCCUCCUUCCUCUUUUUUUUUUUUUUUCUCCUCCUCCUCUCCCCCGCAAACGCAUCAAGGUGGACGCGGAGCGCAAAAAGACCUUUGUUUUAAAAAUGCCCAUGGAGCUGACGCAAAGCCGCAUCCAGAAGAUUUGGCUUCCCAAUGACAACCGCCCGGCGCUGCCCCGCCGCUCCUGUGGGCCACAGCUUGCCAAUUCCCCCACUGUGAUAGUGAUGGUUGGCCUCCCAGCCCGUGGGAAGACCUACAUCUCCAAGAAGCUGACCCGCUACCUCAACUGGAUCGGUGUCCCUACAAAAGUUUUCAACGUGGGGGAAUAUCGCCGUGAGGCCGUGAAGCAUUACAGCUCUUAUGACUUCUUCCGUCCUGACAACGAGGAGGCCAUGAAAGUCAGGAAGCAAUGUGCCAUGGCUGCCUUGAGGGAUGUCAAGCUGUACCUGACGGAAGAGGCUGGACAGAUUGCGGUUUUCGAUGCCACCAAUACCACGCGGGAGAGGAGAGGGAUGAUCCUAAACUUUGCCAAAGAAAAUGGAUUUAAGGUGUUCUUCAUUGAAUCUGUCUGCAACGAUCCCACUGUGGUUGCCACCAAUGUUAUGGAAGUCAAAUUGUCCAGCCCAGAUUACCGGGACUGUAACUCCACUGAUGCCAUGGAGGACUUCAUGAAGAGGAUCAACUGUUACCAAGCCAGUUACCAGCCACUAGAUCCUGAUGACUACGACAGGGAACUUUCUCUCAUCAAAGUCAUUGAUGUUGGCCGACGGUUCCUGGUCAACAGGGUUCAGGAUCACAUCCAGAGCAGGAUUGUUUACUACCUGAUGAACAUCCACGUCCAGCCCCGUACCAUUUAUCUCUGUCGGCACGGAGAGAGCGAGUUCAACCUCAUGGGCAAGAUUGGAGGGGACUCUGGCCUCUCCAACAGGGGCAAGAAGUUUGCGCUGGCGCUGAACAAAUUUGUAGAAGAGCAGAACCUGAAGGACCUCAAAGUCUGGACCAGCCAACUAAAAAGGACAAUCCAAACAGCAGAAGCUCUCCAGUUGCCCUACGAGCAGUGGAAGGCACUCAAUGAAAUUGAUGCUGGUGUGUGUGAAGAAAUGACGUAUGAAGAAAUCAGGGAGCAGCAUCCAGAGGAAUUUGCUUUGCGUGAUCAGGAUAAAUAUUACUACCGUUAUCCUUCAGGGGAGUCCUACCAGGAUCUGGUGCAGCGCCUGGAGCCAGUCAUCAUGGAGCUGGAGAGGCAAGAGAAUGUCCUUGUGAUCUGUCACCAGGCUGUCAUGCGCUGUCUCCUGGCAUACUUCCUGGACAAGAGUGCAGAUGAAAUGCCCUACCUGAAAUGUCCCCUUCACACGGUGUUGAAGCUGACCCCGGUGGCCUACGGCUGCCGGGUGGAAUCCAUCUCGCUGAAUAUCGAAGCCGUCAACACCCACAGAGAUCGCCCGGAGCCUUUACUAGGGAAGGCAUGCCUAACAUGAACAACUCACAGAAGCCGUCGUGACUCCGUUGGCACUGUCGCGAGGCCGCCGGCGACGCCAGCUUCCCAUCCCACUGCCAUCCCCGAAGCUUGCUUAUCCACCGGUCUCCUCCGUCUGCGGCGAGGGCGACCCUCGGCUGUUCCUGCUCACGCCCGUUCAUCCGCAAACCGCUCUGCUGCCGGGGGGAGGGAUGCAGGAGAGCGGAGGAGAGGAGCUGAGCUCCCCCCGGGGGUCAGCACCAGCUCUUCAGGCCACAGCGUUUGCUCUCCUCUCCAGCGUCCUGUAGGGUCCUAGCGAAGCUGUAAAGUGCUUUCUAGCGCACAGGAGUUUUAAUUUUUCCUCUCUAAGCGGUUUUGAUCUUCUGUAUAGAUGAUUGGUACCCACUUGUCUGCGGGUGGGGCGUGUAUAUAUGUGGAUGGUGCGGGGUUAGUGGAGAAAUAGGGGGAAGGGAGGGUGGGCAAAGGGGUUUUGCUUUUUUUUUUUUCUUAAUUAUUAUUAUUAUUAAUUCUUGGUAAGCCCCUCCCAAGCUGUGCUGCAGUCCUUCACCCACGCUACAGCCUGACGCACACGUCAGCCUGGCUCACCCAGGUCUGCGAGCACCAGGAAGGCAGCUGUGUGAACUCCUUCACUGCUAGGUUUAACUAAAAAACCCCAUUCUUUCCUUUUUUUUUUUUUUUUUUUUUUAAAUCAGUAACACCUUAAAGGGGUUUGCAGGGAAUGUAGGUCUGCUGCCAACACUGGUUACAAGCCGCCUGUAGUGUAGGAAGAACCACACUGCUGGUGGCUUGGGUGAUGCUUUCAUCUUGGGGAGCACCCAGGGAUGGUCCGAGUUCAGGUGUGGUUGAUAUUUAGGGGGAGACUGAGCACUGUUUUGAGGUGCUGUGCUGGUACUCCAUCUCCCCUUUCCUCUUUCUUGGAGGAAAGAGGAAGUAUUGGGAGGGGUUUGAAUCCCUAGGCUGAGCUUAGAUGCGUUUUGUAGACACACAGGUCUCAUGGAGGUGGCCAGAAGUCUGGCCAGGUUGCAGGAGUCCCUGUCUGGCUGCAAAAAGCCAUGAGAAGGGACAGUUUUGUCUGUAUUCUUUUUUUAAUUUUAUAUAUACAUGCACAUACGUGUGUGUAUGUGUAUACAUAGAAACCGCUUGGUUUUUGCACUUUAUUUGUGGCAGGAGCAUAACUAUUGUAUUUUUUUCAAGUCGUGCCCCUUAACAGGGGAAGCCUGAAUACAGGCAACUGUUUGGUGUUUUUUUGUUGUUGUUUUUAAUUGUA